AAUAUGUCAAACAAUUUGAUGAAGAAAAAGCUUCAAGGCAAAGUAGCAAUUGUAACCGGCGGCGCCAGCGGCAUCGGCGAGACCACUGCCCGCGUCCUGGCCGAUCACGGGGCUCUCGCGGUGGUGAUCGCCGACAUCCAAUCCGAAAAGGGCCGCGCUGUGGCCGAAUCCAUCGGCCUGCAGCGCUGCAGCUACGUCCAGUGCGACGUGGCCGACGAGGAACAAGUUGCGGCCAUGGUAGAAUGGACGGCGACGACCUACGGCGGCCUCGAUAUAAUGUUCAGCAACGCCGGCACCUUGGCCAGCUCCCCUCAGACCAUCCUAGAGCUGGAUUUUUCGGAAUACGAGCGCGUGAUGCGCGUGAACGCGCGUGGGAUGGCGGUGUGCGUGAAGCACGCGGCGCGUAAGAUGGUGGAAUUGGGAACCAGAGGAGCUAUCAUCUGCACGGCGAGUGCGGCGGCGGAGAAGGCGACGGUGAACUUGACGGACUAUGUGAUGUCGAAGCGGGCGGUGCUGGGGCUGAUGCGGUCGGCGAGUUUGCAGCUCGGGAAGCACGGGAUUCGGGUGAACAGCGUGUCGUUGGGGGCGGUGCUCACGCCGCUUGCGGCAAGGCAGGGGAUUGAGACGGCCGCGGAUGUGGAGAAGUAUCUUGGGCCCUACACGAGCUUGAAAGGGGCGAUGCUCACGGCGGAGAAUGUGGCGGACGCGGUGGCGUUUCUGGCUUCGGAUGAGGCGGCGUGUGUCACCGGAGUUGAUUUGGCGGUGGAUGGUGGGAUGGUUGCCAUGCCAUUCCACCUAUCAAACUAACUAAUCAAUGUUUUUAUAACACAAAAUAAAUUAAACCUUAUUAGUAACGCAUUUUUAAAAAAAUUGGUUUCAAUCAGUCCACAUUGGUUUGACUGGACGGUUGGACCAGACUGUCUGCCGGUUUACGAUCGGACCGUCAAAAGGCUGAUCCGAUCUGGUCUUUAGAAUAAUUGAUUUGAAUAAAUGUAUGAAAU